AUGGCAGCGCUUCAGAAGGUUCUUGGACGACUUGGGCAAAUUGGUGUUGCAGUUGCUAUAGCAGGCGGUGUUGCUCAGUCAGCACUUUAUAACGUAAUAUUUGACCGAUUCGCUGGUGUAAAGCCAAACGUGGUGGGUGAGGGUACUCACUUCCUUAUCCCGUGGGUUCAGCGACCAAUCAUUUUUGACAUCAGGUCUACGCCUCGAGCAGUUUCGACGAUAACCGGUAGUAAAGAUUUACAAAAUGUCACAAUCACAUUACGUAUAUUGCACAGACCUGAGCCGAGCAAAUUACCGAAUAUUUAUUUGAAUAUUGGACACGACUAUGCUGAAAGAGUGUUACCAUCAAUCGUCAACGAAGUUCUCAAAGCUGUUGUUGCACAAUUUGAUGCACACGAGAUGAUAACACAGCGUGAAAGUGUCAGUCAUCGAGUUUCGGUCGAACUGGCUGAGAGGGCUAAACAAUUCGGCAUUCUUCUUGACGAUAUUGCCAUAACGCAUUUAUCAUUCGGCCGCGAAUUCACAGAAGCAGUUGAAAUGAAACAAGUGGCACAACAGGAAGCCGAGAAAGCGCGAUAUUUGGUCGAAACAGCCGAACAAAUGAAAAUCGCAGCGAUCACAACUGCUGAGGGUGAUGCCCAAGCAGCCAAACUUCUAGCACAAGCAUUUAAAGACGCUGGUGAUGGCCUAAUUGAACUACGAAAAAUUGAAGCUGCUGAAGAACUGGCCGAAAAAAUGGCAAAAUCAAGGAAUAUCAUUUAUCUUCCAGGCAAUCAAAACACCUUGUUCAAUUUACCCUCAGUGUAA